AUGUUGCACAUUCGCGCGCAUCGGACUCCGGAGCCCGAUGUUGCGUCCCGAGUCCGAGUUUUACACAAGAAGUCCGAGCCACGCGAUGCCGUUGGCCGACGGACUUGGCAGCUCGCUCAGAGACCGAGGCCUUCGGUGUUCAGUGGAGAUAUUGUCCGAGGCGAAACAACGGAUGCGAAUGACGAUGAUACUGGGAAGCUGAUUCAUGGUAUCGCUGAAACACUCUACGAUUGCACCGAUGUGUCCCAUGGCCCAAAUGAGAGCUCGAGUAUCUUCAAGGUACCAGGCACCUGCCUCUCAGCACCUUCCCCGAGCAGCAGAGCCUGUCUGGCAGCUAGUCAAUUCUCCGACGAUCAUAUGCUUGCGCCCUCUGGAUGCAAUGCAUCGGCUGCAACGGAGGUAUACAUACCAUUCCCUGGGCACUGUUUGACGGGGACAGCUGAGGCAUUCCUCUCGUUAGAGUGGUCUAGUCGUGGAACCUCCGUUCGCAAGAUCCGGGGUUUCCUGUAA